CCAAUAUGAAGAUGCAGCGCCAUCACCGCCGUAGCUGCAUCGCGCAUGCUGGCCGCCUUGUGGCACCACCUACCAAUUUCAUCCGCAUCCGCCGCCAUGGGUUACCGGGGUAGUGGAUCUGCCAUCCCAUCCUGACGGGCUCUGCACAACUCUGCACGCUUCCAAGUACGGCCCCUCACAGUCUGCGCUUUUCUGGGGGCGUGUGCCUACCUAGGUAUGGGGUGUGGGGGUGGUACCUUUUUUUCGACUCCCUCCGCCUGUCGACCCCUUCCCAAUGGCAUGGGACGAACGGGCAGAGCAGCCAGGCCAGUGUCUCGGUUGGCUCAGGAUCAUUACCGCAGCAAGGGCUGCCUCGAGGUGCCCAACACGCCCGGCGUCGACAGCGGCCGGCAGAUGCAGAUACGCUGCUGCGCAGCCGCUAUACGAGCGCCAGCAGGGGGGCCCACCCCAUCGACGACAUCUGCUCUGCCUUGCCCGACACCUGGGCGUCAGAAGCACGCACCUUUACGUAUAGAUGGACAGACGCAAUUGUCUCAGCCAAGCCUGUGUCCCAAGCCAUGUUUUGGCCUCAUUGGGAUGCCCCGACUGGGCUGCGCACUGUAUUAUUCGGUUCCCUUUUUGGUCCGCUGUAACCAAGCGCAGCAUUCCUUCAUUUCUGGCCUCUGUCUCUCUUUCGCUCUCUCUCAGCCCGUGUCUCUCUCUUGCCGGCAACCAAGCUGCUCAGAUCCAAUUGCUGGUCUAGUUCGCCUCUCGGGCUUUAAUUCUAAGGUUGUCCGUGCGGUGACAUUGUGAACGGUCGUCAGCUUGACAACUCCAUCUCCCUCUAUUCAUCCCUCUAUCCCUCAUAUCAUCACCGUUCUCUCCCUCCCCCGAGCUGGUAUAUUUGAUAUAUACA